CAGUUUGACAUGAGAAAAAAUGUCCACCUUUCAGCCCUUGGGGGUGGAUUAAAAAAAAAAAAAAGGUUAGAAUUAGAAUUUAAGUCCAAAGAUGGGAAACAGCAGGCUCUUCCCCGUCCCGGCAGCUCUUUAGAACCUCGUUAUCCGCCUUGAAAGCCCGUUUUAUUUCCGCAGCGGGCCCGGUGGCGAAGGCAGAAGGCCCAGUCCGUGGGCCUCCACCAGCUGUCCCAGCAGCGCGACCCGACCCCACGCAGCGGCGGCCACGCGCGGCCCGAGACCGGCUCGCGGCGCCCAGGCCCGCGUCGGUCGCCCCUCCGGGCCCCAGCGCCGAGUGCUCCGCCUCCCAAGGCCCGCGGCCGCCAUGGCGGGCAGGCAGCUCAGGGCGCUGGCGGGUCCCGCGCUCCGGGGGCGACCUCCCGCCGCCCCGCCGCCAGCACCUCUCUGGGUCCCCGCUGGGUUCCGACAGCAGCUCAGCUUAACCCUCUGCUCUGCUAACGAGGGAAACGGCGGCGGCUCCGCGCCCGACGCGCCGGGUAGGCCGGACGCCGCGGCGAGGCCUUCGGGGAGCGAAGAGUUAACCACGGCGGAGCGGCGAAUCGUAGAGCUGCACGCGGCCGCCUGCGCGGCUGGCCAGCUAAACUAUGUGGAUCCAGCUACUGGCUAUUUGGUGCUUACACAGAUUGCCCACUUGCAAAGAGGUGAAUGUUGUGGCUCUGCUUGCAGACAUUGUCCAUAUGGUCAAGUCAAUGUUAAAGACCCAUCUAAAAAGAAGCAGUUCAAUUCAUAUUUUUAUAUUUGACAACAAUUUCAUCUCUGUUCUCUAACUGUACUUGUAUUUUGUUAAAAAAAAUAAAGCCCUGGUUCAGAAUUGCUAUGUUAUUGGUACUUGAACACUGGUAUAUUCCUAAUUACAUUUAUUAAAAGAACAUCAAUAGAAUGAAAAAGCUAACA